GCUGCUAAUUGUCACACCACAAAGCAUAAACAAUUGUGGGCAGAAUUUUUAGUAAAAUAUAUUAAAACAGCACAAAACCAAAUGGAUUUAAAUAUGAAACCAUCGCUAGCUGUUGAUGAGAUGUUCUCUGAGGGCGCCGGCUACAUGGACAUGGAAGAGUCGGGAAGCGCUACAGGCAUGAUGAUGGAUCAUUUGCCCGCACCCACAAAUGAUAAACAUGUCCAUGCCGAUUUUUAUAAUGAUUUCGAUGAUCUAUUUGACGACGACGACAACUGGGCCAAAGUGAGGCGUGCGGCCGAAAAUGCCAAACAGUAGAUUAUAAAAAUAUAUAUAUUUGUCUAUUUGCUUAGUCUUUACUAUAUAAUAAAUGCGCGUUAAUAGUACACAAUGCGCGCGUGCAUA